UGAAAUCGUAGCUAUAAGUGAAACACUACUAGAGCAAGAGCAUCCCAACAACAGAGACAGAGAGAUAGCUCAUGGAAGGUGCUGGUGCAGGGUGGCCGGAGCCGGUGGUGCGGGUGCAGUCGCUGUCGGAGAGCGGCGCCGCCACCAUCCCGGAGCGCUACGUCAAGCCGGAGGCGGAGCGCCCGGCGUUGGCGGCGACCGAGGCGGCGGAGGGAGGACGAAUCGAAGGCAUCCCUGUGGUGGACCUGUCCUCGCCGUGCGAUCCGGCGACGGCGCGGGCCGUGUCGGAGGCGUGCCGCGAGUGGGGCUUCUUCCAGGCAGUGAACCACGGCGUGCCGCGCGAGCUCCUCCGCCGCGCGCGCGGGGUGUGGCGCGGGUUCUUCCACCAGCCCAUGGAGGUGAAGCAGCGGUACGCCAACUCGCCGGCGACGUACGAGGGGUACGGCAGCCGGCUCGGCGUGGAGAAGGGCGCCGUCCUCGACUGGGGCGACUAUUACUUCGUCCACGUCCGCCCGCCCCACCUCCUCAACCCUGACAAGUGGCCCCACCUCCCUCCCGAACUACGGGAGACGACGGAGCAGUACAGCCGGGAGGUGGCAGCGCUGUGCGAGCGGCUGAUGGCGGCGAUGUCGGCGGGGCUGGGCGUCGGGGAGUCGCGGCUGCAGGAGGCGUUCGGCGGCGCGGAGGGGGCCGGGGUGUGCGUGCGGGUGAACUACUACCCGCAGUGCCCGCAGCCGGAGCUGACGCUGGGCCUGUCCUCGCACUCGGACCCCGGCGGCAUGACCGUGCUCCUCGCCGACGACCGCGUCAGGGGCCUCCAGGUGCGCCGCCGCGGCGCAUGGGUCACCGUCGACCCCAUCCCCGACGCCUUCAUCGUCAACGUCGGCGACCAAAUCCAGGAUGAUGAUCGGCUGAGUGUACAUGCACUUGUGUUGAUAUGUACACAGGUGCUGACGAAUGCGACGUACCGGAGCGUGGAGCACCGCGUGGUGGCGAACGCCGACCAGGAGCGGCUGUCGGUGGCGCUCUUCUACAACCCCAAGAGCGACCUCCCGCUGGCGCCCAUGCCGGAGCUCGUCUCGCCGGAGCGGCCGCCGGUGUACAAGCCCAUGACCUUCGACGAGUACCGCCUCUACAUCCGCCGCAAGGGGCCCCAGGGCAAGAACCAGGUCAACUCCCUCAAAGCCACCGCCGUCGUCAAGCCGGCCGUCUCCAUGGGUGCUUAGCUUCAUUAGCUUCUCCUAAUAAGAUAAUUGUUAGAUUAGUUUAGCGUAGGGGCAGGGAGAAACAAAUUAACAUUAAUGGGUACGUAAUUGUUGAUUAAUUUGACUACGUGUAUCUUUGUUACGUAGAUACGGAGAGUAAACUCUUGUACGGUUGUAUUCAAGUUAUAUCACUUGAUGUAACAUCAAGAGUUAAUAAAUCUUUUAUUUUCUAAAAA